AUGGCAGUCCAGGCACCUCGACUCGGCCAUAUCGCCACUCGCUCUGAUGAUGAAUCUCGCUUUCCUAUAGACUCGGAACAAACCAUCAAACGUAUCGGAACCUAUCUUGCAGAAGUCGACAGAGUGGUUGGAUUGAUCAUGGAUAUUCUCGAGAAAUUCAGCCUUGUCGAGCCAGGAAAUACCGAGUAUGUUGGCAGAAAGGUGUUUUCGCCAAGAGUCAGGCGUCAUGUCAUUUGUGGGCAUGAGAUACCAAUGGUACUUCCAGCGUUUCCAUCGAAGAGUAUCAACUUCCGAGACAAAGUACUCGGAACUUUGCCUGACCUGGGCGAAGAGCUAGCACUGGAUAGACUCAACGAUCUUUGUUCUCAGAUACAAAAGAUAUACCGACCAGGCGCGAUGGUGCUCAUCGCAACAGAUGGCGCUUGCUACAAUGACCUUACUGGAGUGAGCGACUCGAAUCUUUGGGAGUAUGGGGCCACACUCCGUGCCAUGGUCGCCAAGAAGGGGUACCAUUGCAUCAAGUUCGCACGUUUCAUGAAUCUCCUGGGAUUAUACACGGAACCCGUCAUGACCAAAGAGACCUUUUGCCGUCUUCUACAACCAAGCCGCGAGAGUUUGAUGCAACGAUACCUCCCUCCCAAUUUCGACGUCAAUGUUUGCAUCAGGGAAGAUCCUGAUUACCAUGAUACCUACAAUGCAUAUGCAAGAUUUCUGAAGAAAGAUCUUGCAUUCGGUGCGAUUAGGGACGCAAUGACAAGCGGCAAGAAGUACAAGGCAAAGGUUAAUCAGACUGCAAAGGACAUGAUCACCCGUGGCGUGGCCUAUGCGGCGCUGAUCCGCGAGCAAUGCCCUGAGCAUGUCCGACUUUCCAUCCAUCCUUCGACAGGACUCACCAAGAUAUUCAUAGCUCUGGUCCCGCAGCCGGGCUCCGUUUCAAUGAGUCCGUGGCAUUGUGCUGUGGCCGUGGAUGUACAAGGGAGGUUCAAAACUGGACACAAGAGCGUUUGGCAAGAAACGCAUGACUUGGUGUACAAGUCUAAUCGCCCGUACUUCUUCCGAGAGCGUUCGGACUUGUACAAUUGGGAGGCAAAGGUAGACUUUGACCAUCUUUACGACCGCAAGCUUGUAAUUCGCAACAUGGCAGACAAGCCCCAUGAACUCUCCGAGUCUGAUAAGGGACGGCUGGCCUCCCUCAUUGCCCUUCAGGCUCAAGUCACUUUGGAAGGGUUUUAG